AUGCCCUUUGACUGGGGCUGUUGUGGGGACAAGAACGGCAGGAACGCAACCGACGCGGCUGCUGCCCCUCCGCGGCCGGUGAAUCUCCUCUCCCCGUCCACCUCCUCCCAUUCAGUUUCCAAACCAUCACAAGUCAAGCGUUCUCCCUCUCAAACCACCGUCCCACCACAGCAAGCUUCACCGGUAUCGGAGAAACAUGACCUCUGGAAACGAGCAGAAGAACAACUGGACGAAAACAGCCGCAAACGGCUUCGAUUGAGCCAGGACAGCAACUGCCCCUCAAUCGAUCGAGUGCUGGCGGAGAUCAUCAAAGAAAUCACCGCCAAGUACAAAGACUACCAGAAAGGCAAUUUGAGUAUCCGGAACCGCGACGACAGCAACAAGAAAAUCGAUGUUCGAGGCUCGGCCAAAAAGGUCCUCGUCUGCGUGCUACAGGCCCAGGACCUCAUCAAAGCGGUGGUCGGGUUCGAUCCUACCGGCUACGCCUCGAUCGCUUGGUCAGUCGUUGCCUUUGGGCUCACGCUGAUCAAGAACGACAUCGAUCGGCGAGAUGCGAUCAUGGACGCAUCGGAGUUCCUCGCCCAGGCUCUCGCAUACCAUAGUAUCAUCGAGCACAACUACCGGAAGGGAACCAUUCCCAGUUCGGCAAGGUUGGAUGAUGCUCUGGUGGAUGUCUAUGUUGCGCUUCUUCGGUAUAUAGCAGAGGUCCAGAGUGCGAGACAUGAGAGUGCCGUUGCUCGAGUGGGAAAGAGUAUAACUGCUCUGACUGACCAGCCGCUCGACCGGCUCAAGUCGGUGGUGGAGCAGAAAGGCGCCGUCGUGGAUCAAUGGAAAACGAUCGUGAGAGAUGAGGAUCAGAACCGCCUUGCCGAGGAUCAAAGUCGCCGUGCCGAGGCUAUCUUGGUGCGGAUCGACGAGAUGGGCAGGCGGGUGCACAGUAUCGAUGUUCGAACCAAUGAUCAAGAGGAACUCAACAUCCUCGACUGGAUUUCAACUUUCUCCUAUUCCAACAUCCAAAAUGAGACCAAGAAGGCUCGUUCGCCCGAUACGGGAACAUGGUUUGUGGAGUUGAGCGACCGCUAUCAACGCUGGAAGACCACACCGGGACAACUUCUGUGGCUGCAUGGCCCUGUGGGUUGCGGCAAAUCAGUCCUAUGCUCCACCAUUAUUGCAGACACUGACCUGCACUGCCAAAGAAAUGAGCCGUGUGUUCUAGCAUACUGGUACUUCAAAUUCAGUGACAAUGAAACACAAAGCAUGGAGAGUAUGGUCCGAUCCUUCAUACGGCAAUUGUGUCCCCGACCUAUUCCCAACCCGAUCAGAAGAAUUUGGGAAGAUCACCGGAGGAACCGAGAGCCGGACUUGGACGUACUCUUGACAAUUCUUAGGGAAAUUAUGGAUUUGCUGCCUGGAGACGUAUUCAUCAUCUUCGAUGCCCUCGAUGAAUGCCCCACUGAGACUCGAGAAAAGAGCCUCCUAGCUUUCAUGGAUGGUCUGAUAAGAGAUUUUCCUACCAAGGUUCACUUGCUUGCCACAAGCAGACCGGAACCUGACAUUCAUAACGCUCUUACGCAGCACACCUUAUUCGGACUGGAGGAUGCUUUGAGCGGAGACGUCGAGAAGUUUGUGCAAGAGAGGCUAAUCAGUGGAAAGUUGCGUAGAUGGAAUCGCUCCAUCCUUGAGAGGAUAGAACACCAGCUGCUGAACGUUUCAGAAAGGCAAGUCACGGGUAGGCGAUUUCGCUGGGUUGAUCUGCAGAUAAAGCGCCUAGAAAGAUGUCACAUUCCCCAAGACAUUGAUGAAGCGCUUACAACAAUUCCUGACACUCUUGAGGCGACGUACAAAGGCAUCCUUGAGCAGGAGAUUCUACCAAGGUACCACGACGCAGUGCGAUCCAUUUUCACUUGGCUCACUUUCUCCAUGAAGCCCCUAAGUCAGGAAACCGUCGCAGAAGUAGCAGGCUUCCCAUCACCGGAUAGCGUGAUCGAAAUUUGUACAACUCAAAUGAUUACCCUGAAUACCGCGGAUGGGACUAUCAGACUUGCUCACUUCUCCGUGAAAGAGUUUCUUCUGUCCGAGCAAGUGGCUCACUGGUGCCACAUGUCUGAAAUACUUGGGUAUCGCCUCAUUCUAAACCAGAUGCUGAAGCAGAUUCUCUCCGAAGACGAGGAUUUAUCACUCAUGGCUGCCAUGAGUAAGCCACUUCUCCGCUACAGUAGUGAAUUUUGGCCCGACCAUCUUCGGAAGUUGGAGAGCUUGAAACCCGGCCCAUUGCAGGAGAUCUAUUCGAUGCUGGUAGAACUCUUCACUGAGCCCCUUCUAUACCACAACUGGCAACGCUUGUAUUCGUUCGACUUUUCCUACACCAAGCAGGCAUGGCGCCGCUGGACGGAAGCAGCGUGGGUGCCGCCAAUCGAAAAGGCGAUCAUUCUGCAACUGGAACAUCUAGCAGACCUACUGGUGCAGACGGGCUCUGACGCUCUAAAGAACACAAAAGAUACGGGUGAAAGCACGCUAGUCUACGCGGCCGAGCAUAGCGUUACAAUUCUGGCACUUCUUUUACAACGUGUGAUUACCAUUCCAUUGCAGGAGGUGCAGGAAAUCCUCUUUCGAAUUCGCCCUCGAUCCACCCAGGAGCAAGGAACAUUAUGUCUUGUCAUAGAUCAGCUCUGGAACAUGGGUGUGCUACAUGACGGGAGAAAGUAUGAGGACUCGACCCAUCCAGCUCUUCUUGUCAGUAUGGUGAAGAACCGCCACUGUGGGGACGUACUCCUCGGCCUGUGUCUCGAACGCGGGGAUAAAGAAACACCGAAGGUGACGACGGAACUUCUGGAAGCCACAUUACAGAAUGACGAUUGUGGUGCCAGGGUAUUAGAAGUCUUGAUUCAGCGACGAGAUGAGAGAAUAAGUUUCACAGGUCAGAUUAUGCAGACUGUGGCAGAACAAUCGAGGUCCAAUCCGUCUCUAGCGUGCCUCAUUCUGAAAAAUCAAGACCGCAUUGUUUGUCUGAAGCCGGAGCAUGCAGAGACUUUCGCUCGGACAGCUGACAGUGAACUCUUGAAACUGGUUCUUCGAGUUUAUGGAGAGCAGAUCAUGAUGGAACGCAACGUCUUACUUGCCGCGAUUAGCAACCCCAGUGCCAGGGAUGUGGUUCGCGGCCUCUUGUCUGGUAGAGAACUGAGUGCCAAUACCCAGCAGAGCAUUCUUUCUGCUGCAGCUGCGGUAGAGAGAUGGGAGUACCUUGAAUUGAUUAAUUUUCUGUUGGAUGAAUGGGGCCCGCGGUUCAACAUUGGCUACCAAACCAUGGUUGCCGCCGUCUCGAAUCGUCUGCUAGGGCUCGCCAUUCUCGAGACGUUGCUCGCUCGACAACAGGCCGGGUUCAUCGUCUCGGAUGGAAUUCUUGUCCAUGCUGCUAAAAAGAAUACGGAGCAGGUCCUACAGUUGCUUAUGAUUAAUGGAGGCUCGACAAUCCCGAUCAGGGACGAGUUGGUGUUUGCCGCGGCAGGGAACGAACCCCGAGGGCUGUCGGUGCUCCUCUUCCUCUUCCCCCUCCUCGGCUCUGACUAUGUCGUGUCGUCGGAGCUCCUCCAAACAGCAGCAGAGAACCCCAACAAGUACAAAAGCCCAUGGGAGACCAGCAAAGAGUUUCAGGCUGUCUUGAAAUAUUUCACCGGCACCACUGUGCCCGACAGCGUCUUUCUAGCCAUGCACGAUCAGGUGGACCAUAUGAAGGUUCUUUUGGACUGGUCGAACAAUAAAGCCCCGACCAAGGAAAUCUUUCUAGCAAUCUGCGAUAACGGCGAUCUCGGGGCGUUCUACACUCUGCUGCUACUCCUUGAUCGGGGCCUUUUGGCGGUCGAUGAGUGGUUUGUGGAAACUUCGGCCUGCACCCCAGGCCUCUUGUGGCACAUCCUCGGCCAUGUUCCUCGGGUCCCGAUCACUGAUAGAGUGAUUAACUCCGUGAGGGACGAGAGGUCUCUACGAUAUAUCGUUCAACAUCUUGAGGAGAAAGAUAUCUGGACCGAGGAAAUCAUGGAAGCCAUCAUCAGUACAGCAUCCGUGGAGACUGAAGCCCUUAUCAAUAUCCUAGAACUUUACAUCGGCAAGGCGCCCCUCACUGAGAGUAUAUUGCUUAUUGCCGCGGAGCGCGAUACACGCCUAGUCGAGUUUUUACAGCAGCCGAGAAAUUGA